AGGUGCGUGAGAGGGAGGAGGUUGGAAGUCGAGGGUCCAAGGGCGGUGUUGUUGUCACCAGAGCGGUCAGCGGCGGAGCCCAAGAGACUCCACCACCACCACCAUGACGGUCGAGGCUAUGGACGUGUCUACCGCCGACAAGGACAAGGACAAGGACGUCAAGGAGAAAGAUAAAGACACUGAAGGGGAGAAAAAGGACCCAGAUACGCUGACUCUGGAAGAUUUGAAAGAGCAAAUCCGCUUAGUUGAACGCAGUAUUGUCAGCAAAGAGCCUCGCUUUGUUCUACGUGUUCUUCGUGCAUUACCUGCCACAAGACGGAAAUUGACACCAAAUGUGCUGCGACGCUUGGUUGCUGUAUAUUAUGGUCGUCCAGAAAGCAAGCAGGAGCGCGAGACCAUCUUGCAGUUCAUUGAAGAACCCAUGGAUUUAGAUACUGUUCCUCAAGGUCCUGUGGUACGUCAGCGUGGUCAGCUGUUGCUCGAGGUGGAUGUUUACAUUCAUCUUCUUGUACUACUUAGACUUCUGGAUGUUAAUAACAACGAAGAUGCUAUCAAGUGCUCUGAUUUGCUGAUGACUAAAGUGACUUCAGUGAACCGUCGCACCCUUGACCUCUUGGCUGCUCGCUGUUACUUUUAUCACUCGCAAGUCUAUGAAGUUAAUAAAAGAUUGGAUGAAAUUAGAGGAUUUUUGCAUCAGCGACUGUGCCAAGCAACACUUCGUAAAGACCAUGAGGGACAAGCCGUGCUCAUCAAUUGUCUGCUGCGUAACUACCUACACUAUUCUCUCUAUGAUCAGGCUCAAAAGCUGAUUGUUAAACUAGAAUUUCCUCAGCAGGCAAACAAUAAUGAAGUAGCACGCUACCAUUAUUAUAUGGGACGCAUCAAGGGAAUACAACUGGAGUACUCGGAAGCCCACAAACACCUGAUUCAAGCUCUGCGUAAAGCUCCACAGCAAACAGCUGUGGGCUUCAGACAGUCUGUACAGAAAUUGGCAGUUGUGGUGGAACUACUCCUGGGUGACAUCCCUGAAAGACAGAUUUUCCGGCAAGCUAUUAUGCGGAAAGCUCUGGCUCCAUAUCUGCAGCUGACUCAGACUGUUAGGCUCGGAAACCUGGUGCACUUCACCAAUACUCUUAACGAGUACAAGAGUAAGUUCCAGCAUGAUCACACAUUUAUGCUGAUUCUUCGUUUACGCCACAAUGUGAUUAAGACCGGACUUAGAGCUAUAUCCUUGUCAUAUUCACGUAUAUCUCUGGCAGAUGUAGCUUCUAAGCUUACCCUUGGGUCACGAGAAGAUGCAGAAUUCAUCGUAGCCAAAGCAAUUAGAGAUGGAGUAAUCGAGGCUGUGAUUGAUCAUGAGCACGGCUACAUGCAGAGUAAGGAAACUGUGGAUGUAUACUGUACACGUGAGCCACAGUCGGUGUAUCAUCAGCGCAUCUCCUUCUGCUUGGAUAUUCAUAACCAGUCUGUGAAGGCAAUGCGCUAUCCACCAAAAUCAUAUAACAAGGACUUAGAGAGUGCCGAGGAGAGACGAGAGAGAGAGCAACAAGAUCUAGAAUUGGCAAAAGAAAUGGCAGAGGAGGAUGAUGAUGGUUUUCCAUAGAAUUAAGAAAAACCAUGCAGUAUUUCGGUAAAAACUGUUGAAGUAUAACAUUCAUAGAAGACCAUUUUUGUGGAAGUACUCUUCGGAAACUUUUGUAUCAGAAUGAAGUUACUAAUUGAUUUUGUUUAGUAAUAAAUUAAUAUGUUAAACUAAAAUAUUUGUGUAUUUAUAUUCAGUGUCAUAUACAUAGGAUAAUUUUUGUGCAAAUAAAGGGUAAAAUUCAA